AGAGCGCAGUGCGAUGAGCGUUCAAAGCAAGAAGAUUUAGUCGAUGUUUCAACUGCACGAAAAGAUAAUGAAGUCACUCAUAUUUGUUUUGUCAACGAUUUUAACGUUAUGCCAGUCAUCGACCGUGCAAAACGACACCGUCGUCGCUUCGUCGACAAAAAAUUAUAAUUUAGCACCACUCUACCUCCUACUCCCGAAUUUCAUCACCACGUCCAUCACAGAUAUAACAAAUUAUUUAAGAAAAAAUGGAUUCCAACAGAAAAAUUUGUUGGGCUUUGCAGCAACAAAUAGCUACGAUUGUAACGGAAACGCCAGUCUGAUACCUGUAUACCGUUUCCACAACAAUAUCACUAUGCAAUACAUUUUGUCGACCAAUCCAACUCCGCCCAAUGACACCACUUUACCAUACACGCCAGAUGGCAUUGCAUUCUACGCAGCAGAUACGUUUAAUACGAACUGUGGUGGACCGACUGCACCGUUGCAUAGCUAUUGGGUUCAUAAUACUCAUUUUGUCUAUACGACGGAUAAAGCGAGUGCAGAUACGGUGCUAGUUGAAAUGGAGGGCGGAACAUAUAAAGGAACUGUUUGUCACUUUUGGCUAACUGAUAAACCACCAAUGAUAUUACCAAAGCCAGAAAUUGUGAUCACAACAGUACUCAACACAACAGUGCUGAACACAACAGUACCGACCACAACAAUACCGACCACAACAGUACCGACCACAACAGUACCGACCACAACAGCACCGACAACAACAGUACCGACCACAACAGCACCGACAACAACAGCACCGACCACAACAGUACCGACCACAAUAGCUUCCACCACAACAAUACCCUCGCAUUGUCCAGUAAAAACAGUGCCACUCUGGCGAUUGUACAGACCGCUUUCCAACAACCAUUUCUACACGACUUCAGAAUCAGAAGCUCAUAACGCUGUAUUGUCUUACAGCUACCUUCGAGAAGGAUCACCUGGUACAGUAGCAGAAUCAGCAUCAGAUUGUACAUGCGAAAAGAAUUUCGUUCCCGUUUAUCGGUUGUACAGACCUGGAAUAUUGGAUGAUCAUUUUUACACGGCCAGUGAAGACGAAGCCAUUAAGGCCCAGUCGACAUAUGGAUACAUUCGUGAAGGCAUCGAAUACUAUUGCUCUCUGAAUGGAGACGUUUGUGGAGCAACAAGACCACUGUAUAGAUAUUGGCGGGGAACCGAUCACUUCUACACUUCUAACAUUGAUGAGGGAAACAGAAAUGUAAUACCUUUCGGUGGUACAUACGAGGGAAUCAUUUGCUAUAUUUGGCCUUAGAUGCAUAUUUCGUUUUGUGUUGUUUAAUGAAAUAAAAAAAAUAAAAAUUUGGACGUAAC